UCUCCCUCUCCUUCUCUCUCUCACUCCUCCAGAAGCCUCCAUCCUCUUGACCAGUGAGAUUAGGAUGAAAAGGUGAAAGUUGGAUUUUGUAAUUCAGUAAUACGCGAUAAUCCGUGCCACUGAUUUAAAAGGGGAUGUUAGGGAAGCACACUUGGUCAAGUUGGAAGUCAAAUCUGCGAUCUCAGCCUUAAGGAUGCGUUCAGUCUGGAUAUUUCUCCUAUUCAUUGAGGAGGGAUUUGCUCUGGCACAAAAGAUUAAAGAUGGAGGUGCUCCACCUAAAGAUUCAGUCAAACCUUCUCAGCGGCCGCACCACGCCCGCCACUGUGGAAACUGGGUACGGAACGCAGAGGGCGGCACCUUCAGUUCCCCAAACUACCCCAAGACGUACCCCCCAAACAAGGAGUGCCUGUAUGUCCUGGAAGCUCAGCCCCGCCAGAGGAUAGAGCUGCUGUUCGACAAGGCCUUUUUCAUCGAGGCGUCAUUUGAGUGUCGUUUCGACCACAUCGAGGUGCGGGACGGCCCCUUCAGCUUCUCCCCGCUCAUCAAUCGUUUCUGCGGCACGGCCUGUCCGGGGCUGGUCCUCUCCAGCGGGCGCUUCAUGUGGAUCCGCUUCUUCAGCGACGAGGAGCUGGAGGGGACCGGCUUCCAGGUCCAGUACAGCUUUACAGCAGACCCAGAAUUCCAUCUGCAUGUGGGAGGACUCUUAAACCCAAUCCCAGAUUGUCAGUUCGAGCUUACUGGGGCAGAUGGCGUGAUCCGUUCCAGUCAAGUGGAAGAGGAAUAUAAAGUGAAGCCUGACCAAGCAGUGGACUGCAUCUGGACCAUCCGAGCGCCGACAAAGAACAGGAUUUACCUGCGAUUCUUGGAAUACCAGAUGGAGAACUCAAACGAGUGUAAGAAGAACUUUGUGGCUGUUUAUGAUGGCAGCAGUGCCAUUGAGGACCUGAAGGCUAAGUUUUGUAGUACAGUAGCUAACGACAUCAUGCUGGACACCGGCGUGGGGGUGGUGAGGAUGUGGGCAGACGAGACCAGUCGUCUCAGCCGCUUCCGGAUGCUGUUCACUUCUUUCGCUGACCCACCCUGUGCAGCCAGUGCUUUCUUUUGCCACAGUAACAUGUGCAUCAACACCUCUCUGGUGUGCAACGGCAUUCAGAACUGUGUCUUUCCUUGGGAUGAAAGCAACUGCAAAGAGAAAAAGAGCAAAAGUGUUUUUCUCCAUAUCAAUAAAACUCACGGGACAAUUAUCUGUGUGUCUACGGGAGUAGUGCUGCUGCUCCUCAUCGUCUCCAUUCUGGUGCAAGUCAAGCAGCCGCGCAAAAAGGUGCUGGUGCGUAAAAACAAUCCGUUCCAACGUGCUGAAUUCCAGGAGGUUUUCGAUCCUCCUCAGUAUGAGCUCUUCACCCUCAGAGACAAGGAGAUGUCCGGUGACCUCGGGGAGUUGUCGGAGGAGCUUCAGUCCCUGCAGGUGCUCAGGAGGUCCUCGUCAGGAUCUCGCUGCGUCCACGAACACCACUGCGGUUCCCAGGCCUCCAUCAACUCCAUCAAAGUCAGUCAAGGCGGCCACAGCCUGCACGGCCAGGGCUCCAUGGAGCUGCCGCCCUUCAGGGGAGACUUCCAGAGCGCCUUGCCGCCGCUCAGGGACUUCAACAGCAGCCUGCGGAAGAAGAGCUGGCCCAGCAUGAAGCAGGGCCGCGUGCAGGGCCACCACGGGAUGGGGGACCGGGCGCCGGGGCGGCAGGACCGGGUGAUGGAGGAGGACGAAGACGACGACGAGGACGGGAGGUACGACGUGUACGUGCGCAGAGCCGGAAACCGGAGAGGCUACGAAAUGGCCCAGCAAAGAUCUCUGUCGAUGGACUUCUGAAGAGGAAACGGAGACUCUGAGACAGAAUCCUGCAGCAACGGAAA